AUGAGAAUCAAACAAACAAAAAAAGAAAUCAAUAAGGGACUAAAAGAUAAAUGUAAGUGGCUUGAGGAGACAUAUCGUGGAUCAGAAGGUGUCGAUAAUCGUCGAGCAUACGUUGUUUGUAACGUUGAUCAGCCAAAUGUUGAUAAUUGGUUGCGAACACCGAUAAUUAAUGUGAAAGGAGCAAAUCGUUUGCAUGUCGAAGUAACUUUUACGAUGCGUGAUUGUAGUGAAUUCCCAGGUAAUGCUCGUUCAUGUAAGGAAACAUUCCGAUUAUAUGCUGUUCAAGUAAUGAACAAUGAACAAUAUCAAAAUGUUUGGAAUUCCGAUUACUGGGAUUUGAUAGAUCGAUUGACCGCUGAUACAGGACGAUAUUCGAAACACGAUCCAACUACAGCUGCUGUAAAUCGAGAAGUUCGCAGCUAUACUGUGACUAAAGAUGCUGUAUAUUUUGCUUUUCGAGAUUCGGGUGCUUGUAUAUCAAUACUUAAUGUUAAGAUUUUUUAUGAAGUAUGUCCGGAAAUAACUCGUUCAUUUGUACAUUAUCCGGAAACAGUAACUGGCGCUGAAGCACAUUCAAUCAUUGCUGUUAAUGGUAAAUGUGUUGCAAAUUCUUCACCUGCUGGUGGUAUCAAGCAAGCAACAUAUGUUUGUAAAGCAACCGGAUCAUGGGAUAUGGCUAAUGGUGAAUGUCGCUGUGACAAAGGUUAUGCAUCAUCGAUUAAGCAUAAUACCUGUACUGCUUGUUCCGUUGAAUCAUACAAAGCAAAAAAUGGAUUAGGCGAUUGUGAGUCAUGUCCUCGACAUAGUAGUACAAGAAAUAUUGGUAGUGUGGAAUGUCAAUGUGAUCCGGGAUACUAUCGGGCCGAAGAUGAAGGGCCUGAAUUUUCUUGUACACAGCCACCAUCAAAACCAUCACAUAUUACGGUAGCAAAAAUUGAUGAAACAUCGGUUACAAUUGAAUGGGAUGAACCAUUAAUGCUUGGUGGACGAAAGGAAUUGUGGUAUCGUUAUCAAUGUCCCGAAUGUCCGGCAACAACAAUUGCUCAUCCAACUGAAAAUACAUUUACAACACAACGUUUAGAAUUGACUGCUUUAAAAUCUGGUUCCACAUAUACGGUGUUAAUUUUUGCAGAAAAUAAAGUAUCAAAGAUGGAAUCAAUUAUUAGUCAAUACGCAUUGGUUGAAUUUACGACAUUAACUAUGGUACCAUUAGUAAACGAUCUUCGAAUUGAGGGUGUACAGGAGAAUGGUGUCACAAUUGCAUGGAAAGUAAUGGAUGCAAUUAAAAAAGAACUUACUUAUGAAAUUGAAUCAUUCCACAAUGAUUCAUUAGCAGUUGUCGAAACUGCACGAAGCUAUUAUACGUUUGAAAGUUUGAAGCCACAAUUUAUGUAUUCAUUUAGGGUACGUGUAGUAAGUGAAGAUGGACGUGGUAAAUGGAGUGAACCAUUAUUAUAUCAACCUGGUCGAAGUUUACCAUUUGGACCAAUAAGCCAUAAUGUUGAUAAUAAUGAUGAUUAUAUGCAUAAUAAUAGCAUUGUCGAUUUGCAUUGGUCAUCAGCUGGACCACCGUUAUGGGUAUGGGUUUUAUUACUAUGUGCCUUCAUGAUUAUUGCCCUAUUCACAUUACUUAUUUGUUUACGACAAAAUCGAAAUCGAAAACGAUUAAGCGAUUGUGAUGGUAUCGAUUUCUAUAAAAAUGGUACAUUAACGCCAGACUUCAAUGCACCAACUUCACAAGGCCCUGUGCAGAAUUUUUUUCGCGUAAAAUUGGGUUCACCACUAAUAAAUUACGGUUCAUCGCAAUCAACUAGUUAUGGUGAAACUGCUCGUUUCAAACCUUAUGUUGAUCCGGCAGCAUAUGAAGAUCCAAAUCAGGCUUUGUCGGAAUUUGCGAACGACGUUGAUCCGGCCUUGAUACGUAUCACAGAAGUUAUUGGAAGUGGCGAAUUUGGUGAAGUUUGUAAAGGUGUCUUGCAACCAUCUUAUAGAAUGACCUCUUCUGAUAUUAGUCAGGUUCAGACUGUCGCUAUUAAAACGUUAAAACCAGGCAGCAGUGAUAAAGCAAAAGGUGAUUUUCUAAUGGAAGCAUCUAUUAUGGGUCAAUUCGCUCAUGAAAAUGUAAUCCGGUUAAUUGGCGUAGUAACGAAAAAUGAACCAAUUAUGAUAGUAAUUGAAUAUAUGGAAAAUGGAUCAUUAGAUCAGUUUUUGCGGAAGAAUGAUAAUGGAAUUAUUGCAUUAGUGCAAAUAAUUGAUAUGCUACGAGGAAUAUCGGCUGGAAUGAAAUAUCUUACCGAAAAAGGCUUUAUACAUAGGGAUUUAGCAGCUCGAAACGUUUUGGUAGAUUUGAAUUUGCUGUGUAAAAUUGCUGACUUUGGUUUAAGUCGUGGUGUAGAUGGAUCUGUUGAACAAGAAUAUACAACAAAUGGUGGAAAAAUACCAGUACGUUGGACAGCACCUGAAGCUAUAACCCAUCGGAAGUUUACAGCUGCCUCAGAUGUUUGGAGCUUUGGUGUUGUUAUGUGGGAGGUUUGCUCAUUUGGUGAACGGCCAUAUUGGGAUUGGACGAAUCAAAAAGUAAUCAGUGAAAUAACAUUAGGAUAUCGUUUGCCAUCACCAAUGGAUACACCGAUAUCGUUACAUAAUUUAAUGUUGCAAUGCUGGCAUAUUGAUCGUCAUAAAAGACCAACAUUUGCACAAAUUCUUAAAAUUCUCGAAGAAUAUGUUCGUCAACCGUCACUAAUCUAUGCCGAUGAUUUGAGUAAUUUGACGACAGCAAAUGUCGGAUUUUCAACAUUUGAUACGCUUCCACGUUCAGUUGAUACGAAUGCAUCACCAACAUCUUUAUCAUUAUCUUCACAACUUUCAUUGGAUGAAUUUUUGAAGCGUAUUGGUUUGGGACAUUGUGCAUUGAAACUUAACAUGGCCGGUGUUAGUAGGAUUUCCGAUUUAAUACGCCUUGGUCAUAUUGAUUUACUCAGUUACGGGUUAAUUGCUGAAGAAGUACAGAUAAUACGAAAUGCUCUGAAGAGGCCGGGUCCGACUACCACAUUACAACAUACGAGAAGUCGUCCGGAACAUCAACGUAUGCAAUCAUAUCAUUUAUCCCCUCAAUCUCGUACUGCAGCCUUUACUUCAUCUCGACUUGCAACAAUGCCGAGAGUUCUGUCAUCAUUUCCAUCCUCCAGUAAAGAUAGCUUCUUUGUAUGA